AUGCAGUCGCAGGAGGAAGAGCACGAGGUCGUCUACGACGUGGACUUUGACCGGAACCGCGCGCUGACCAAGGCCUUUGCAGCGACGUCCGAGGUAUCGACAGCGCCGCAGCUCGACGCAGCACCAGAGCGCGCUCCAGUCGCGGCUGCGCAGAUCCGCCAGCAAGGCCUGCUCGCAAAGUUCAUUGGACACAUGCGGGGAGCGCAUGGUAGCGACGGCGACGACGACGAAGACGAUGGGCUGGACUCGAUUCUGACCUUUCAUACCCCUGCAGCACCACCUGUCGCGCCCGCGGUAGCCACAAGCGACGCUCCAAGUAACACCACAAGCAACAUCACAAGCAACGCCACAACCUCGACGGCUCCUUCCACAGGAGCAGCACCGCGUUCCGUGCGUCAACUGCCAUCAAAGCCAGCUGCGAUCACCACGCGGCCCACUGCAACACCGGCCCGUCGCCCGCCUGCACCCGUGUCCCAGCGCCCAGCGGCAGCCCGACCCACGCGCAAUGUUGCAUCUAGCGUGCAAGUCUCACCAGCCAAAACGCUUCUUAGUCACACGUUUGGUGCGGCCUCCGAACGUCCUGCCGCGUGGUCAUCCGCGCCGCCGGUCGCCGCGAAGAAGCGACCGCCUGUCCGAAAGCAGCCGAUGGUGCGCCCGACGCUCGACACGAGCAAGAAGCCAAAAGUCUACGAGAGCGUCGACCACGAGCGCUCGAUGGCCGACGUGCUGUCCCAAGCGACCUCGCAAGCCAGCUCCUCGACGUCGCGGCUGACGCCACGCCUGCCACGGGUGGUCACCAACCACGAGGAAAUCGAAGACUCCGGCGCCGGGAUCCCGCUCGAUUCCCAGCCGUCGUUCCUGCUGUCGCCAACGCAAGCCACGUCGGUGCUCAAGCGCAAGGACGCCUCCCGGCGCAAAGAAUACCACAUCGUCGGGCCGAUCGGUCAAGCGGUUUUGGGCGCCGCCCGGAAGCUCAACCGCGACAGCACGCUCUUCCACUCGAGUCAAGCGUCGUCGCUGCAAGUGGCCAACCCGGCGCUCGACCUGCCGCAGCACCGGCCGUUCAUCACGAUCUGCGUCCUGCGUCGGCGGUCGCACGCAAACUUCGUCGUGCUCACGUCGUUCGUGCACGACGUCUCGGACGCUGCGUACUUUGCGUCGACGACGUCGUCGACGCGCCUCUGCCUCGCGCCCGCUGUGUUUUUGGACGCCGUGUACGCGGCCGAGAAGGCGCCGGCGCCUGGUCGUCGCCUCCUCAAGCUCUACGCGCCGCUGCACGCGAUCGCGGUCGACGGCAACCACCCGUUUCCGCUGCUUCUGGGCACAAACUUUCUCGAGGUCCUCGAGACGGACCAUCACUGCGACGCCACCUUGCCGAGUCUGAGCUGA